CCCAGUUUCGGUUUUUGUAGUAAAUGAGUUGUGCGUGAUCCGGUGUUGAUUUUCAAAGAAGUCGAAGAAGAAUGUGAGGAUAAAAAGUCGAAUAUUUCCCCAUCAGUUGUACAUCAUGGGUCAAGCAGCGUCCAGACAAGAGGCAUUCUGGGAAGCCUGUGGGUUCGGCCACAAAGACAGAGUGAAGAAGUUCUUGGAGGAAGGAGAUAUUGAUGUCAACUGGGUGUCAUACACACAUGACUGCUGUCCAAUACAUGUAGCAUCCCAAGGCAAACCAGAGAUUGUUAGAAUGCUCCUAGACAAAGGGGCGAAUGUCAAUGUCAAGGAUGUGAGGGGGAAUCUGCCCAUUCAUCAUGCUGCCAUGAAAGGUCACUUUGAGGUCGUACAGAUUCUAUUGGAUGCAGGGUCAGAGGUCAACACUCAAGAAAAGAAUGGUUGGACGCCCUUGCAUUGUGCUGCCUACUGGAACAGGCUUGACGUCGUUAAAUGUCUGCUGAAGAACAGCGCAGUUGUCAGCAUCCAAAACAAAGAUGAGAGAACAGCACUACAUGAGACGGCUCGGUCACAGGCGAAGGGGGAUUUCCAGCUCGGAGAAAUCGCCCAGUGUCUUAUUGAGGCAGGAAGUGAUGUCAAUGCUAAGAGUAGUGACCUAGGAGAGGCCGAUUUCACCGGUCUGAUGUUUGCCAGUUACCACAACCAUCCUGAGGUGGCCACUGCCCUGAUCCAGGCCGGCUGUGAAAUCAACGCAUUUGGAACUAACCGUUGGACGGCGUUACACUGGGCAUGUGAUCGGGGCCAUGAGGAAAUGGUGUUCCUCCUUCUGGAGGCAGGAAUCGAUCCAACAAUCAGGGGAUGGAGAAAUGAGCUGGCGUCUGACCGCUGUAUAGACAACGAGAUGAAGGAGAUGGUGAUGAAUGCUGUCAACAUGUUUGAGGAGUUAUCCAUCCUGGACAGGAAGGAUUCCUCUGUAGGAAAACCCAAGGGCGAAGCGGUCAAUACAAGAAUGAAAAACAUUCAACCAACAGUGAAAAGAGACACAGAGAAUAAGUCAGUAGAUGAUGUAGUUGUCGAGACCCAGUCUGAAAUCACCACAGACCCUGUCAACUCUGAGAAAACUUCAGGACAGGGGAACAGUGUUAGUCAACAGAGUGAUGGAAGUGAAAAACAGCCGGAGAGUGCAGUCUGCCAUGCUGAGGAUGAAAAUAAAGUAAUGGAUGAUCUAAACCCCCAAAAAGACAAUGCAGAAAGGA